GCGCCCUGGGCCCCCCGCCGAGUGCGAGCCCGGGCGGAGGGCAGGGCAGGGCGUGCGUCCGGGAGAGCGCGCGGGCUGGCCGCCCCUCCGCACCAUGUACACCAUCACCAAGGGGCCCAGCAAGCUGGUAGCGCAGCGCCGCACAGGUCCCUCGCAGCAGCAGGUGGAGAGCAGGCUCGGCGAGCUCCUGAAAUGCCGGCAAGCCGCGCCGCCGACCCCACCGCCCCCACGGGCGCAGCCGCCGGGACCCUGGCCUCUGUCGAGUCCGGGGCCGAGGCUUGUGUUCAAUCGGGUGAAUGGCCGGCGGCCCCCUGCCACAUCUCCAUCCCUUGAGGGGACCCAAGAGACCUAUACACUGGCCCAUGAGGAAAACGUCCGAUUUGUGUCUGAAGCUUGGCAGCAAGUGGAGCAACAGCUGGGUGGUGGCCCAGCUGGCGAGAGUGGGCCCAGGCCCGUGCAGUACAUGGAGAAGACCCCCAACCCCCGGCUGCAGAACUUCGUGCCCAUUGACCUGGACGAGUGGUGGGCGCAGCAGUUCCUGGCCAGAAUCACUAACUGCUCCUAGCCACCCUGGAAGGAACCGCCGCCCUGCAGGGCCCUGCUGAACUGCGCGGUGGCCCUGACGGGAGAGGACCACGGCGCCCUGUUGAACUGCUGAGGCGGGCUGUGCUCCACCCUGAGUCUGGCCAGGCGCCGGCUACACCUGAAGUGCCAGCAUUUGGACUUUUGCACCUGCUGACCCCUUGGCCCAGCUGUCCCAUGCUGCCAGGGGCUGAAACUGUCUGACCUCAAUCCUGCUCACUGUGCCCAGGGACCAGCCCCUGGGGCUGGCAGAGAGGAGUGCCAGGCUAAUAAAGUCGAGAAACUGCCCUU